AUGUCGGGAGACGUUACAAAAGACGCAAAUCUGUUGAAAGAACAAGGCAAUGUGGCAUUUAAGGAUGGAAAUUGGCUAAAAGCUUUGCAAUAUUACACUUCUGCGUUGGAUCUACUGAAGGAAAACAUUCGCGAUAAAUCGAUAUUGUACAAAAAUCGGGCUGCUGUGUACAUUAAGUUGGGUGAGUUUGAAAAUGCAGUCCGUGAUUGUAGUGCAUCAUUGGACAUAGUUGCAAAUGAUCCGAAAGCAUUGUUCCGACGUUGCUGUGCUUAUGAAGAGCUUGGAAAAUACGAAGAAGCCUACAUAGAUGGUAAGCAAUGUUUGUCCUCCGAUCCAUCAAAUAAAGAAAUACAGCCUGUUUUAUCGAGAUUACAUCCAAUUGUACAAGAGAAGGUGAGAGAAAAUGCUCAACUGUCUAAUAAAAUUGAAAGCAUGUUCAAAUAUGCUUUUAAAAUCGAAGAGAGUCUAGAAAAACGUACUACAGCCAUUAAAAAUUUAUUGGUUUUAACUAAAGAAUCAAGUAGUGGAAGUACUGGUUUGUUGAAAUCUGGUAUUGUUAACAAAAUUAAAGGUCUCUUAAAAAAUGAUCAAAAUGCCGAAGUACGAAUAAAUGCCCUGAGAAUAUUUGGUCAACUGUGCAAAAAUGAUGAAACUCGUACUAAGCAAGUCUUGGUUGAACUUGGUGUUCCUUGGUUUAUAGAUGCGUUAAAUACUGAAAAUCAAAACGAAAUAAACGGUGUUACAUUCAUUAUACAGGAGGCACUGAAUAGUUUAACAGGCAUGUCCAACACAUUAGAUAGUUCUCCAAACGAAGAAAAAUGCACAAAGAACUCAAAAGAAAUAGACGCAAUUCUGACUUGUUUAGUCUGUUCCGUGGACCGUCAUUCUAUUAAUAAGUUUGCAAGAGAUUCCAUUAUAGAGAUAUUGACAAGAAAUGUUCAUUUUAACAAUAUAAAUUGGGCUGAACGUUUAAUUGAUAUGAAGGGAUUACAGAGAUUGUUGGAAGUAGCUGCUGAACUCAUUGAAACCCAGUAUGAAUCAAAAAUGGAAAUCACUGAAUACUCCCAUACUAACGUUUCAGUUUGCUUGUCAAAAAUAUAUGACAACAUGACGUGUGAUAAAUCCCGGGAGAAAUAUGUAAAUGCUGUUGAUGAGUUCCUGAAGGAAAAGCUACUAGACCCAGAUAUAGAAUCUAAAGUCCGAGCUAUAUCAACCAUAACAGUAUUGCUUAUGGGUCCAAUAGAUGUUGGAAAUUCAAUUAUAUCGAGAGAUGGCAUUAUUGAAAUGAUUCUCACAAUGGCUACAACAAAUGACAAAGUACAGCAAAAAAUUGCAUGUGAAUGUAUUAUUGCUGCUACAUCAAAAAAGAGUAAGAUUACGCCAAUUGUGAAGCAAGGUACCCAAAUACUUAAAAACCUGUACAAGAGUGGUGAUGAUGAUAUACGCAUUCGUGCACUGGUUGGCUUAUGCAAACUCGGCAGUAGUGGUGGAAGUGAUGCUUCAAUCCGUCCAUUCUCAGAAGGCUCUACUCUUAAAUUAGCCGAAGCUUGCCGUAGAUUUUUAAUACAUCCAGAUACCAAUCCGGAUACAAAAAGAUGGGCUGUAGAAGGGUUAUCUUAUUUAACAUUAGACGCAGAGGUUAAAGAAAAGCUAGUUGAAGAUCAAGCAGCAUUGGUGGCCAUUAUGGGGUUAGCUAAAUCAGAGAAAACAUCAGCGAUGUAUGCUCUAGUAUCAAUAUUUGUCAAUUUAUGUAAUGCAUAUGAAAAACAAGAGGUUAUUCCAGAAAUGAUUGAACUUGCAAAAUUCUCUAAAUGUCAUGUACCAGAAGACCAUGAACUAGACGAUAUGGAUUUUGUCAAUAAGAGAAUUAUGUUAUUAUGUAAAUAUGGUGUCAUAACGGUCCUUGUACAACUGUCCAAAACAGAAAGUUUAAACAUAAAAGAACUUAUUUCGCGACUAUUCAACGCUAUUUGUGUUCUACCAGAAAUCAGGGGUGAAGUAGCUAAAUUGGGAGGUUUAAAAUCUCUCUUGGAACUUGCUCAUUCAGGUACACCUAAAGGCAAAAGACAAGCUUCUCAAGCUCUAGCCAGAAUAGGAAUUUCCAUCAAUCCAGAAGUCUCUUUCAAAGAACAACGUUGCCUAGAAUCUGUUCGGCCAUUCCUUGGUUUAUUGCACCCGGACUGUACGGCAUUAGAGAACUUUGAGGCAAUGAUGGCACUUUGUAACAUGGCGUCUGUGAAUGAAAGGGUACGAAAGAAGAUAUUAGACACUGGGGGUCUACAGCUCAUAGAAAGUUAUUUAUUUGAAGAACACCAAAUGCUUAGGAGAGCAUCUGCCCAAUGUUUUACUAAUCUUAUGAUGUCUCAUGAUGUCAUAAAGAUAAUUGAAGGUGAAAAUGACAAAUUAAAAAUGUUAUUCCUGUUAUGUGAGGAAGAGGAUGAAGAUACAGCAUUAGCUGCUGCUGGAGCAGUUGCAAUAGCUGUGUCAAAUAGUGUACUAUGCUGUCAAAAAUUAAUGAAGUUUAACAAUUGGGAAGAAUCUUUGAAGGCUUUAUUAGCACAUCCUAAUAAUGCAAUGCAGCAUAGAGCUUUAGUGAUUGCACAUAGUUUAAUAGGUACCGACAAAGAUAUUGCUGAAAAAAUUUUUGCCACCGACAUCAUGGAAGUAUUAAUGGCACUGUCAAUAAUGGAAGAUGAGAAGAAAAAAGAGAUUAGAGAAAUGGCCAACAAAUGUUUGAAACUAGCAGAAAGUUUGAAACUUAUAAAAAAACCUGAUUUUGAAGAAGAAUAA